UCACUUGGGUAUGGGCUCAUCACUUCACGGCUUUACCACUCUCUAUGGACCCCGGUCACUUCACGAAACUCAGCGUUCCCCAAAACGACGCCGUGGCUCCGCUCCGUCCAGAACACCAUUUCCCGGCACGGCGGCUAAGUCAUGCGCGCCACCAUUACCUCUUCGAAGCGUUGUCUCCUGAAGCGACUACCUCACCGCUUAAUCCCAACCCUCUCCUUCGCGUCGGAAACUUGGCCGGCUCCGGCGGCGUCCGUCGACGAUGGAUUCCCGUACUCCGACGUGCCGAAGCCUAAGCGGAGAAACUCGGAGAGGAAGCCGUACGUGACGCCGAUGAAGGCUCUGAUCGAGCGGGCGAAGGCGGAGAGAGAAGCGCGAAAGGCGCAGCCAUGUAGGGUUUUGGAAGAGCCACCGGAGAACGGGUUGUUGGUGCCGGAAUUGGUGGAAGUAGCUCGUCGCGUUUAUCAAGCUCGCGGCUCUCUCCUCUUCGGGCUGAGUCAACUCGUCCGAGUCAUUCCCGUUUUGCGCUGCCGGCUUUGUAAUGAGGUCCACAUUGGUUAUAUCGGUCAUGAAAUUCGAACAUGUACUGGACCAGAGAGUUUUUCACGGAAUGCAAUUCAUGUUUGGACAAGGGGAGGUGUUCAAGAUGUGGUUUUCUUCCCUAAAUGCUAUCAUCUUUAUGAUCGUGUUGGUAAGCCAAGAGUUGGGCAUGAUGAAAGGUUCAGCGUUCCUCGUAUACCUGCCAUUGUUGAACUCUGUAUACAAGCAGGUCUGGACCUUGAAAAAUAUCCUACUAAAAGGAGAACAAAGCCUGUAUAUUGUAUUGAAGGAAGAAUUGUAGAUUUUGAAUCAGUUGUGAAAGAGGAUGAAACUGAAAGACAACACUUUUUUGAAAAUGACAAACCUUUUGUGAAUUCAUCCUCUAUGUUGACCCAACCUAUAGAGAAGGUCCAGAUUUUAUUGGAGAAUAACAUAAGCCAUCUGGAUCAGUUAAGUGAUGAAGAAAGGAACAAGUUAAGGGAUUUAAGUAAACAUACACUGGACUCAUGGAUUGAGAUGACAUCAGGUGCAAAGAAGAUCAUGGAGAAGUAUACUGUGAAUACUUGUGGCUAUUGUCCUGAGGUUCAGGUUGGUCCCAAAGGACAUAAGUUGAGAAUGUGCAAGGCUUCAAAGCAUCAGUCUCGAAAUGGUUUACAUGCAUGGCAAGAGGCAACAUUAGAUGACCUUGUCAUUCCCAAUUAUGUCUGGCAUGUAGAGGAUUUGAAUGGGCCUGCUCUGAAUAACAAUCUAAAGAGAUAUUAUGGGAAGGCUCCAGCUGUGGUGGAACUCUGUGUGCAUUCUGGAACUCCUGUUCCUGAUCAAUAUAGUAGCAUGAUGAGAUUAGACGUGGUUUCCCCUGAUCGAGAUGAAGUCGAUCUUGUCGCCUAAAAUGCCAUCACUUUUGGACUUCAUAUAUAUUGGACUUUCAAGUUUUAAUCAACUACCGACUAUGUGUCCUUUGCUAGUUUUUCUGUUGUCUGACUAUAUAUAGUUUGUAAUGCCUAUAUUCUCUGACAUUAUGUUACCUUCAGAAAAGAUACACAGCUUGAAGAAGUCCAAAAAGUAUUGCAUUAUCAUGUUCCCAAAUUGGUUUGCAUUUAGCACAAACUGUGCAGUUUCUUGUGGGAUAGUGUUGACACUAGACUUGAUACUAUGGAAAGGCUACACAGCACCUAGUCCAAACUUCAAUGCUUAUAGAUGAUGGUUCUUGCUGCCGGCAUCAAGACUAACCUGAUCUCCAAGUUGUUGCAAUCCAAAAUUAUUGCAUGCAUACGAUUGGUAUAGUCUUGAAAAGUUUAGUUUACUUCAACCAGUUAUGAAAGUAAAAGCUGAUUUAUCUCAAUUUCUCGCAACCAUCAUAUUUGUGGGAUUUAAAGAUAGGUGAUGGAAUUCGAAAAGAGUUUCAACAAGACUGCUAGACACUUGUUUUGUGGGCAAUUGUUGCAGCUAAAGGUAAAAUUGUUGUAGGAUCCAUCUCAUUCCUGACAGAAUAUCAAAGUCUUCUCUUAGCAGCAGAGCUUCUUCAGAUUUUCAUCUGCUUUAUUGUAUAUUUAAAUAUUUAAAUACAUUUUAAUUAAUUAUUUCUUCUUUUGGAUUGUAUUUUAGUAAGUAUCCUUUUUCUGUUCUCUCAUUCCCUUAUUAGUUGAAAUGGAGAACACAUUGAUUUCAUGUA